UAUUCCCGGUGUCCGGUGUCGUAAACUACCUGUAGAGGUUCAGUUUUACAGUUUUUAUACAACUCUCAUUCAACAAAAUGCUACGUCCAAUUCUUUCACGAUCUUCAGGCAUUGCUCGUUCAGUAACUUCAAAUGUAAGAAUGCUAAGCUCUCAGUCAAGCAGUAUAGCAAAGACAACUCAACUCAAGUCAAUGCUAGAAUCUCCUGACCUUGAGUUCAUUAUGGAGGCUCACAAUGGACUUUGUGCUAAAAUUGUGCAAGAAGCAGGUUUUAAAGGUAUCUGGGGAAGUGGUUUGUCUAUAUCAGCUCAGCUGGGAGUUCGAGACAGCAAUGAAGCUUCUUGGACCCAGGUUGUUGAUGUUCUUGAGUUCAUGAGUGAUGCAACAGACAUUCCAAUCUUACUGGAUGCUGAUACAGGUUAUGGGAACUUCAACAAUGCCAGACGGCUAGUUCAGAAACUUGAGAUGAGAGGUAUUGCAGGAGCCUGCCUGGAAGACAAACUGUUUCCAAAAACUAAUUCACUUCUAGAUGGGCGUGCUCAACCUCUUGCUGAUAUUGAUGAAUUUGCAUUGAAAAUUAAGGCCUGUAAAGAUACUCAGACAGACCCUGAUUUUUGUAUCGUGGCAAGAGUAGAGGCAUUCAUUGCAGGGUGGGGGCUAGAUGAAGCAUUAAAGCGUGCCGAGGCUUAUCGUAAUGCUGGUGCAGAUGCAAUCCUUAUGCACAGCAAGAAGUCAGAUCCUUCUGAUAUUGAAGCUUUUAUGAAAGCAUGGAAUAAUCAGGGUCCAGUAAUUAUUGUUCCUACCAAAUACUACACAGUACCCACAGACCAUUUCCGUGAUUUGGGUGUAUCCAUGGUGAUAUGGGCGAAUCACAACAUGAGGGCAUCAGUUGCUGCUAUGCAGCAAACCACUCAACAGAUUUACAAGGAUCAAUCACUGGUGAAUGUGGAGGGAAAGAUUGCUCCAGUUAAAGAGAUAUUCCGUCUCCAAGGUGACAGUGAACUCAAAGAUGCUGAGAAAAUAUAUCUGCCUGAGCAAUGAACAUCUUUUUCAUUAGGUAGUUAAUAAAUUGUAGGAAUAGCUCAAAUAAACAAUUUAUUGAUGUAGAAUUUGAACUGUACAGGGAGAAGUGGUGUUGUAUGUAUUCUUGAUGUGGUCAAAUAACCAAUGAGUGAUUUAGUGAUGAUGAAAUAAUAAAACAAGAAAAAAAUUGAAAAA